UCAAGGACCACAGAGACGCAGCAUUUCGAAGACAUUAUGUAUAGUUUAUAAAAAACGAUAAGAGAUAAAAGAGUGCAAGUAAGUUUAAAGAAAAGUGCAGUAGUUGCUACUCAAUCAAAACUCACCUAGCACUAGGGCGUUUGACCUUGCUAGUGAGUAAGUGCAAGCACCCGACUCGGUGUAAUGAUUGCCUAAUGCAGGUACGAGAAAACCAGACCCACAGUAUCUAUAAAACGUUGUUGUGACAAUAAUACGUGCCAUAUCUCAUCUCGACCUGUUCACGAAUACUACAACCAUGAGGGUGGCGCUCCUGCUGAGCUGCGUGGUGCUGGCGCUGGCGGUGCUCACGCAUGCGCGGAACCUGCGUGAGAAGCGAGAUGCUGACCUAGAGGCCGCCGCCUCCGGACAUCACCACGAAAAGGGUGGUGGCAAGGAACACCACCAUCACCACCAUCAUCACCACGAAGGCCACGGGCACAAAGGAUAUAAGGGACACCAUCACCACGAACAUGGAAAGAAAGGACACCACCACCAUGAAGGACAUAAGGGCCACCACGAUGAGCAUGGUGGACACAAGAAGCACCACCACCACGACGAUGGCCACUACGAUGAACACCACCACGUAGAAAAAGGAGAGAAAGGUCACGGAUUUGAAGAAAAGGGACACUAUCACAAAGGUCACUCCACAAAAGGACAUCACGGUGUUCACAAGCUAGACGAGUUCAAGAAGGACAAGCACUUCCACCACAAGCACGGCGAGAAGGGCUUCGACGAGGGAUACGGCGGCCACCACCACGAGCACGGUCACAAGAAGGGAGGACACUUCGACCACGGACACAAGCACCAUGGUCACCACGAACACCACCACGGCAAGAAGGGCCACCACGAGGAGGGAGGCCACCACCACGAACAUAAGGGCCACCACGACGAGGGCGGUCACCACGAGCACCACCACCACCACCAUGGACACGGGAAAAAGGGUGGACAUGAAGACCACAAGAAGUGGGGCUUUAAAAAAGGACAUUAAAAAUGAUGUAGUCCUCUAAAUGUUGCCGUACCUUUUUACUUUUAGUUUAUGUUUUGUUAUAUUUUUUGUUAUAAACGCAAUGUAAAU